UCUCUCUCUCUCACUCUCUCUCUCUACAAACCAGUGUCCCUUAAUUCUCAAUCGAAAUUUCUAGGGUUUUUCCACCCCCAAAUCGAUUUCACCGUCGUCAAUUCGAUUGGCGCUAGAUCGAAACGAUGUCGCUCAGGCCCAAUGCUAGGACCGAGAUUCGCCGCAACCGCUACAAGGUUGCCGUCGACGCCGACGAAGGUCGCCGGAGGAGGGAGGACAACAUGGUUGAGAUCCGGAAGAGUAAGCGCGAAGAGAGCCUCCAGAAGAAGCGCCGUGAGGGUCUCCAAGCUCAGCAGCAGUUCGCCACUCCUCUUCAGUCUUCCUCCAUUGUCGAGAAAAAGUUAGAGAGUCUUCCGGCGAUGGUUGCUGGGGUUUGGUCGGAUGAUAAUAGCCAGCAGCUGGAAGCAACUACUCAAUUUCGGAAGCUGCUAUCCAUUGAGCGUAGCCCUCCGAUUGAGGAAGUUAUCCAAUCUGGUGUUGUGCCGCGUUUUGUUGAGUUUCUCGUUAGGGAGGAUUUCCCUCAACUUCAGUUUGAGGCUGCGUGGGCUCUCACCAACAUUGCGUCCGGGACUUCGGAGAACACUAAGGUGGUAAUUGAUCAUGGGGCAGUACCGAUAUUUGUCAAGCUGCUUAGUUCGCCUAGUGAUGAUGUUCGCGAGCAGGCGGUGUGGGCGUUGGGAAAUGUUGCUGGUGAUUCUCCUAGGUGUCGAGAUCUAGUGCUCAGCCAUGGUGCCCUGAUCCCAUUGUUGUCCCAGCUGAAUGAGCAUGCCAAACUUUCAAUGCUGAGAAACGCCACGUGGACCUUGUCAAACUUCUGCAGGGGCAAGCCUCAGCCUCCAUUUGAACAGGUGAGGCCAGCGCUUCCAGCUCUUGAGCGUUUGGUUUUUUCCAAUGAUGAAGAGGUCCUGACUGACGCAUGCUGGGCGCUAUCUUAUCUUUCCGAUGGAACAAACGACAAAAUCCAAGCAGUUAUUGAGGCAGGUGUAUGUAGCAGAUUGGUUCAGCUUCUUCUGCACCCGUCUCCUUCCGUGCUGAUUCCUGCACUUCGCACAGUGGGAAAUAUUGUUACUGGAGACGAUAUGCAGACUCAGGCUAUUAUCAAUCAUGGUUCACUCCCGUGCCUUUUGAGCCUGUUGACGCAAAAUCAUAAAAAAAGUAUCAAGAAAGAAGCUUGCUGGACUAUAUCAAACAUUACAGCUGGAAACAAAGAGCAGAUACAGUCUGUUAUUGAAGCGGGUCUGAUUGCUCCCCUUGUUAAUCUUCUUCAAAAUGCUGAGUUUGACAUUAAAAAGGAAGCUGCUUGGGCAAUUUCGAAUGCUACAUCUGGCGGUACCCAUGAGCAGAUCAAGUACUUGGUGAGCCAGGGUUGCAUCAAGCCUCUCUGUGAUCUGCUUGUUUGUCCCGACCCAAGAAUCGUUACUGUCUGUUUAGAAGGUCUUGAGAACAUUCUGAAGGUUGGGGAGGCUGACAAGAACUUGGGUAACUCUGGAGAUGUCAACUUGUAUGCUCAGUUGAUAGAUGAAGCUGAGGGAUUGGAAAAGAUUGAAAACCUGCAGAGCCAUGACAACAAUGAAAUAUAUGAGAAGGCUGUUAAAAUCCUCGAGACAUAUUGGUUGGAAGAUGAAGAUGAGACUUUGCCUCCAGGUGAAGGUGCUCAACCUGGGUUUAAUUUUGGAACCAACGAGCUUCCAGUCCCAUCCGGUGGAUUCAACUUCAGUUGAAGACUUCUGUUAAGCAGGAACAUGGUUGGAUGGAGCAGGGUUGAUGCUACUAGGGUGACAUUUGCAGUCGAGUCUUGGGGGGUUGGGGUGGGGGUCCGGGUGGGGGUCCGGGGUUAAGUCCUUGUACCUCAUGGUGUCUGGUGUCAGUCUGGUCUUGAGUCAGUGGUCAAUGAGUUGCAGGGGUUGGUCAGUUAAACUACAAUGUCCAAAUAAGGAGGGGACUGGUGGGUUCAACAGCAGCAUAAUGAGCAGUGCUUUGAAAUAUACUUGCUGGGGGAGAAGUAUACAAGAUGUCCUAUGUUGCGGACCUGCGUUAUGUGGCUAUGGAAGGGCUUUUAUUUAUUGCGGCUUUGAGUCCUAUUUUUUUUAUCGAGUCGUCGUAGUUGUAUUGGUUAUUGAUACCGAGUCAGUAUUUGAUUUGAGUGAAUACAGUAUUCAGAAACCAAUUUUUAUGGUGUAUUCCAAUGAAAGUAUUAGAGCUAUUUUUGUGCU